AAAGAAGGAUGAAACCUGGAUGGAUUGGAAGGCUCUCUAUUUGCAUUACCUAUACAUAAUGCACAUAGAUGUGAGAUUUGGUGUCAGACGUUCUGAGAUACCGAUCGUGUAAAAAAUUGAAGGCUUUGUUGGUUAUGCCCUCUACGGUCGUAUAAUGUUCAGUUGUAGUUUAGUUUAUUCAUAUUGGCAGCCCUGUUGUUGAUGACGUCAUUGUAAAGUUCCGAAAUUGAAAUCAAUAAGUGGUGUGCAAUGUUGUGUGCACAUGAUAGUCGGAGCGAAAUGGUGAUUAUAUCAAAACAAUUUGGCAGAGCGUAUUGUUUUUAUUUGUUAAGAACGAACCUGUAAAUAUUAAUCAACAAUAUGGUACGGAACACGAAGAAAAAGCUGGCGAUAUUCGCCGGAACGUCAAAGUGUUUGAUAUACGCAGAAGCAAAGUAUUGUGCCUCUGAAAUUCCUGGAGAGAUAAAAUACUAUGAAUGUUCUAGAACCGAAUAUUGUUGCGGUAUUGGUUGUUGCGUAUCACCAGGGCUACAUUUUCAUCAUUUGUGGUAUUAUUGGAUACUAGUUAUAAUUAUGUUCCUGGUAUGCUCCGGUGGUGGCUGGUGGUAUCGAUAUUGGUUACAAGGAAGAUACAGAGCUGCUGCGUCGGCUAUUCCCACCAGAGCCUCGAAUGCACGAGCUCAAAAUUCUCUUCGAGGGCCGACGUGUCAGGGACAGAGGGCUCGCAUUACGUACAAUUCAGCGAGAAACACUGUAUUAUUGCAUCGUAUGUGGAAAGGCCCUCAGAGAAACGGAGCAAUGCCUGGUUACACCGGCAACGCGACAACGUCCACCCAUUACCAGAAUAUGAGCGUUAUGUUGAACGAUGCGAACUGCCCGUACUAUCAGUUAUACGGUCCGCCUCCAAGCUACGAAACUGUGAUAGCUCAAACACGUGGUAAGGUAUCAAAUCCGGCAUCGCCAGAAUCGACAAACGCGCGAUCACCGAGCAUCGCGCCAACGAAUUCGAACGUGCCCCAAUGUUUCUCUUAUACCUGCAACUUCUCUGCGAGAUUGAAUAACAGUUUAGAUCAAAGCGUGCAAUACGCGAAUGGCGGUACGAGUUCACGGCAGGUCGACGGUCGAGACGGUAUCCCAUUCGCGCAUUUUCCGCAGUAUUGCACGGUGACAGAGGGAACUAUGAGGCAAAAUGUAUGCAUUCCUUUUGCCUAUCAGGAACAAUCGUUCGUUACCAGGGAUACCUUUAAUCCUCUGUACCAAGCUAGUUCCAUAAAUUGUGUUCCAUACCCGAUGGACAAGUCGUCAGACACUUCGGACCCGGAGAAUCAAACUUAUCAAGUGUCGAAUACCGAAAGAUACACGAUGGUAAAUGUCGAUUGCACGGCUGGUAGUAGUAGAGAACAAGGUAUUUGGGAGUCGGACGAUCGUUCCAUUUCCAAAGCGCACGGUAGUCAAGUAAAAAGAGACACGAGCGAAAGAAUUGAGAAAAAUUUGGAAGAGGAGCGUGAAAGUACGUCGGAGGUAACAACGACGGGCUUCGACGACACGAAAUCGAUGGAUUGGUCGGAAAAUUUCGAUUCGGAGUCGAGGAAGGGUCGUCGAGUGUACGGUGGUUCUUUAAAGGCAAGCGGCAGAUACGCCGAUAAAGAGAGAUGCGAGGAAUAUUCCGUUCAGAGGGCUUUCUCGAGAAUUUUGCCCCAUUCCUGUGAUGGACUUAUUAACACAGAGCCAGCCACAACAUCUGUCGAUGUGUCCCAUAACAAAAGCUCUUUAGCAGAGGGGGCUGAUGUUAGUGCGAGUUCUUUUCAAUCAAAUCCAUCCAAUAAUGUGAUAUUAGAGUGUUUCGGUUCCAAUGGCGCGUCCUUCUCGAUGGAGAAUAUCGAGAAAGUCGAACAGUCUCAUUCUCGUCUCGUAAACACUAGUACAAAUUCUGAUCUUGAAAGUAAAUUUAGGUUAGACAGAUCGAAAUCACUGGACUGAGCAGUUAUAUGGAAUACAUUGCUAUCGUACUACGUAUAUAUGUAGUGCUUAUUCUUGUACACGUUAUUGAUUCACGCGUAUUCGUGUAUGAUCGCGUUACCCCGAAAUCGGUCAUAUUGAUAUCACGAGUCGUGAUCAAACUUUCAUCCCACAAAGUUCUCCUGUAAUCGAUAUAACAAAAUGAACGCAGUAUUGUUUUCUUAUCCAACUUUCUGAAGAUUGGUGCGUGUGUCAUUUGAGCCAAGUUUUUUCGGAUUCUUUGUCGAACGAGAAGCAAUGCUUAAUCUAUGGAUUGUCUAUUUUUUGAUAUACAUGUCUAUUAUUAUGUCUCUCUCUUCUUGGCUCUCUCUAUAUAUCUAUCUGUGUAUCCAUUUAUCGAUCAAUCAAUCAAUCGAUCUAUUUAUCUAUCUAUCUAUCUAUCCAUCUAUCUAUCUAUUUCUUUAUCUAUCUAUCUGUCUGUCUAUCUAUUUGUCUGUCUCAAUACGUAUGGAGUUCAACUGCAUUAAACUAUUUACGUAUGUUUGAAAAUGUUUCGUUCGAUGUACAUUUAUUUUCGUGGAGAUCGUGUCGCGAAGCCAGAAUUAAGAGUCGCCAGUACGUUCGAUAUUUAUACGAAUGUAUAUGAUACACUAGAUUCUCUCGUAAUUCGAACAAGAGGCUCACGGGACCAUAUUUAAUACUGUUCAGUUUGUCUCGAUUAUUUAUCGGUUACGGGAUAAUUUAUUAUCUACCCAACAGCCGUUACCAUAACGCGUGACUUGAUUGGAUCUCGUUUUUUACGAUACGUGAUACUGCCAGAAAUCUUCGGUCAAUGUCCCGUUCGAAUUCGAACGAUCGCUCCGAGCUGUAAUGUUAAUCGGUUAACAUAAAUACUCGAUUACAUAUCUCCUUUUUCUUUCCUUUUACGAACGAGCUCAAACCAAUUCCAAUUACGCACAAGGGCGUCGCUCGACGCUGUACUUAAUCGUCCUACAUGAACGUAUCGGUAUGCCAAUAACUCGUUAGCGCACCUUUUUCUAAUCUUCGCACGAACGUCGUACUUUACAAAGCCACAGAACAGUUUCUAAUUCUAAUUAUUAGGUUAAAAAAAAGUUAUAUUAUAGACUAUUUCAUACGCCGUAUUUUCAAAGGAAGAUAUUAUAAAUCAAGGGGAUGGAGUUCGAGUGAAAUCGGUUCUGUUCCUCUUUUUUUUUUUCUUUUUUUUUUAACGAUGGAACCGUCGCUCGUUUUGCUUUCUCAGUUCAAUCGAACGUCUUUUACGUGUUACGUAUUUCUUUCAUGUGCACGUUGAUGCAGUUUCGGGAACGUUUAAUGAUUCUUCAUUGACAUCCUUCGAGGAACGCAGCAAUUCGAUGUAUGUAAUACGUUAUUAAUUUUAAGAUACGCAUAUGCUACAAAAUAGUUUUACGAUUAUUGCAUUGUCAGAUAGGAUUGGGAGAGCGAGAGAUUAUAUUGCCGCUCAUAAAUAUCUGGACUAUAAUACGUGUACGGAUGGUAUACAUUAUGUCUCGUAUGAAAUUACUUUAAGCAUUCAAUUUUUAUGUGUUUUUUUUUUUUUUUAAUGGGAAACUAAUGAUCAAAAGUAAUACUUUCAACAAAGAAUAAUGAGUUUUAAUUAUUUGCGUCAAAGUAUCUAUUUGUAAUUUAUCAAUAUAUAAUCUUUGCUACUCUGUAAUUAAAUUACAUCAUUUUAAAAGUGAGCAUACGUCCGGAUACUUUUAAGCGGAUAUAUAUAUGUGUGCAUGUAUGUGUGUUACGUGUGUUGAGAAUAAAUGGCUGACCGACAGCUGAGAUACUAAAAAAAAAAAAAAAAGGACUUUCAUGGAUAUAGAGUAAGCUAAGGAAGAUCAAGUGGGCGACCGAUGGUACGAAACGCGGGAAAUCCCACGAAAAGGAAAUCUAAUAGGAAUUAAAUUUUUUGAAUCGUCGUUUACGGAUCGCAAUAGCUUGCAAAAUGCCUUUCUUUUUACUUAUCGAUUAUUGUCCUUUUCAACUUAUACAUACACUUAAAUGCUGGUGCAAAAUGGGUUGUAUGUAUCGAUCAGUGUCACUAACAGUGUUAGAAACGAGAAAGAUCACAAGUAUAAGAGAUGAUAAGUCACAUUUUUACGAAAGAUCAAUUUAUAAUAUUCAAUAUGUUGUCAAUUACUUUCACAUCGAAAUUACGUUUCUUUUUCUUAUUUCCUCACUUCGAACUAACUCACUUUAAAAACCAACCAAAUUAAAAUCACUUAUUUUCAGAGGGCUUGUAUCUAUUCCGUUGUUUAACCAUAUUUAAACUACUAAGCAAGACGGAAAUGAGAGAAGAUCGAUAAAAAUGGACUUGUCAUAGCUUUCCGGUGUGAUCUUGAAACGAGAAGGCACGGAUAGGUCGCUGCGGAUAGACGAAAUCAUUUAGUCAGGUUUGCCCGACGAAAGCUGCGUGUUAGAGUUGCAGUUAUUUUUGCAACACGUCGAGUACAGUCGAAAGCAGAAAUCGCGCCUUCACGUACCAUCGCGUUUCUAAGUUUCCGAUGCCGAAGUUUUCGAUUGUAACAGCGGUCCAAAGAAAACAGUGUACGUGCCAAUAACGAGUCCGUUAGAUAAGGUAAUGUCGAAUAGAGCAAGUCGAUCGAUCUCGUAACAGAGGAGAUAUUAUAUAUACAUAGUAUUAUUUAUUAAAAUUAUAUAUAAUUAUAUAAGAAUUACACACAAAACGCGUGCGUGUGUAUGCACAUACAUGCAUAAUUAUUUUUUGUAAUCGAUCCGAAUGGAUGAACUGUUUUAACAGUCCAAUCGAAUGAGAAAACGCUAAUUAAAUAACGCAUAAGGUAUAAAGUAACAUGCCGAGUUACUAUCGUUCCGGAUUACGGGGGGUCUUCUGUAGAUUCAGGAAACACUAUAUUUUGCGUGCGUGCGUAGUUUGCGUGUUAUAGCCCUAAACGAUCGAUAAAUAGUCCGAAUGAUCCUCUCACCGUAACGUGCAAUCAUAUUCGUAUUAAUAUACUGUAAGAUAUAUUGUACCUCACGAAAAGGGUUGUCUUUGCUGAAAUAAAGACAAAAUAUUUAUUCACA